AUGCCUACCGUCGUCCAAAACGCCAAGCCUACACCCCGGAAGGACGAUCGCGUAGUUGGUUUCCGCUUCAACCCAGUGGACGGCGUCUCGCGGCCAGUCUUGGACUCGGAGCACUGGGCGCUUUACAACUUUGAGAUGCAUGCCCGCGGUUGCGAGAGCUGUUCCCGACCAUACUACGUUCACCGAUCCGGCCAGCGCCUGUGUGAUACCGGGCACCGGCUCGCGCAGGAAGUCGCGACCUUCAUCUACAAUCUAGAAGGCAUCCCCUACUCGACGCACAAGGAAGAAGGCCGGCUCGUCCGUGUCGAGAUCCCGCAUGGCUACAGCCAGACGAAGGGACUGCUCAGGGCCAUGGAGCGGAGCUUACGUCACCGACGCCAACAGGACCCCUUUGUCAGCAUGGACAGGACCUACUACGUUGCUCCUCGACCGGUUGAGCGCACGUGGAAGGGAGUGAAGGUGGAGCAACCGAGGAAGCCGGAGAAAGCAAGCAGCACGGCCGCUACGGUGGAUUAUCCGAUCCGAGAACGGAAAGCCACCGUCGAUGUCUCGAAACGCGGCUCGCUGUACCAGGCCGACAUUGUGGAACAGCGCAGGGCGUACAAGAACUAUAACGUCGAGAUCCGCGAGCCACCGCGGCGUGAUAGGGAGGAGCGGCGAUCAUCGGGCUACUACCGCUGA